AUGGAAGGUCAAUCAAUAGCUAUUACUGUAGAAACAACAACGUCACAACAAAUGUUUAUCGUCAAUGUGAAUAUUGCAAGAAAUUCAAAUCCAUCUUUUUCCGCUGAUAUAUACAAUGUUACGUUACGGAAUGAUAUCGCACCUGGGGCGGUAGUUCCAUUCGAAACAGAGAUAACAAUGUUGUACAUUUCACGUCGAUUAAGGCCAGCAGAUGGUGCUUUUCAAUCGUUUUAUAUCGGCGCAUUAGAUAAGAAUAAUUUGAUUCGUUUGGCGAUUGCGCGAAUUGAUGUAAGUUUCGAACAGCUGCCUGUGAGUGCGCCCAAAUUCAACAAUGUGCAUUAUUUUAGACAAGUAGACGAACUACGACCUCAUGUGACAGUGCUAAGAGUUACAGCCAAGUAA